CCAAGGCCUUUCGUCAUUGGCGCCUUCCCCGCAGCGGCACAUUUGCUAGAUCGCAAACUGCAACACGCGACAGAGCUGUCGUAGCAAGCGUCAACCAGUCAAGCAAGAGCGACUCUGUUAAUCUGCGCUUGCGAAACGGAAUCCAAGGAGUGUCCGUGCAACAACACCGAUUCAAACGUGCAGGCAUUUCACCGCUGCGCCGCAAGUUGCCGCCCACCUCCGUAGCCGCCAUUGAGGACACCGGGCUUCUUCGACUCGUCUGCCAGCCUCCUGUGCGGCAAGCGGUGUAGGUUUGCGGGACGCUCAGUUCUAUUUCGAGGCGUUGGCGUCCUAGGUGCCCGGUCGUAGUGUGCGUGUGAGUGCGUCGCUUGUGUUGCGAAGCCAUGGCUACGAAACCAGUGGUUGUGUCUGUUGUGAUUGUGGUCGCCGCCAUGUUGUUGGUGUGGGCACCACGUGACGCGGCAGCUGACGCCAGUGGUCUCCUCAAGUACUUGGGCUGCUUGCAGAAGUUGGCGGACUCUAGCGGUGCCUGCGGGAAAAGAAAGACAGAGUUCAGUGCGGUGGAACAGGCAUUCGGAAUUGACCACAAGCACAAGUCCGACAGGGAGAAGAAGGGCCUCUGCUGUAAGUUCUCGAGUUACGUCGACUGCUACAUGAAGAACGUACGUCACAGCUGCGGCGACGCGGCCGGCAAGUACGCGCUCAAGUUCAUCGAGUCGUCGACCCAGAAGUACGUGCGCAACACGUGCCAUAAGUUCGACAACCGAAAGUGCAGCUCAGCCUUCUCCACGUCCGCGUCCAGCCUAGUCGUCUUGGGCGUCACGUCAGCCGCGCUGGCCUUCUCCCUGCUGCUGUGAUGACGCUGCCGUCGAAGUGUAGUUAGACCAGAUCCGUGUCAUGGCCUUCGAGAUAAUUGCAAGUCCGUCAGAAAUCUCGUACGCCAUGGCUUUACUGGGCUUCUUCGGAUAUCCGUCACUUACACUCACGGACUGUCCAAGCCUCGAUUGAAUGAGCGUUGUGUAUGCAUUGGUCCUGGCUUUUCAAGAAAAGACAGGCACUAGCCUUGUCCUUUCUUGUCCCCGUUUCUUUGUGCCCCCAAGUUUUGUCAGUGCAUUGUUCUGGGCACUCUGAGAACAUCAGGGACGGAUAAUCGAAGAUGCCCACUAAACGCUUACUGGUCUUCUUCAGUUACCCGACCCAGACUGUGCUCAACUGCUCAAGGCCGUCCUUACAGCCAACGAGCGUUGCGUAUGCAGCGCCUCGGGGUUUCAGGGAUGGAAACGCCGGGAAUGGAAACCCCGGGAAACCCUCGGGGUUUCAGGGACAGUAGGAAAGGCCCUCUAGAAGUCAUCGUCCUGCAAAAGGCUGUCAUUUACCGUGGCUUCCGCGAUCACCGUGCUCGUGGGAGGUCUCGGAGGUCACUGCAUUUCUUACUGCUUCCGCAAUCAUGUGAAAAUGCUGUUAAGAGACUACUGUAGCGCUGAAAGUGUUUUUCAUGACCGAGCCAAUUGUCGGUGGAAUUGUCAGGGUUAAAUCACAUGUAGAACAGGCAGGACAGUUGUGCUUCCAUAAGGACUCGGUGUUGUAUGAUUCUGAUCCAUGCACAGCUGUUCUUGAAAUGUUAAAAAAAAACAAGGAAUGUUCAGCGACAGAAUUAGUUCACUAUAUGUAAAACUUCUGAAACGUUCACAAAGAUUGCUUCGAUUUUUUUUUUUUUUUUUUUUGCACACUGGCCGAUGCUUUCUCAUUGAGCAUGCAUAACUUCUUUUUGAAGAUGAUAUACAGUGUUGUUUUCAAGCGCUAUUGUAAUGCUCUAGAAUUCAUGUUGGUAUACUAACGUACUGUCGAAUUAUCAUAUUGGACAGUAGCGCUGCCGUUCACCUUGUAUAGCGUUCAAUUACUGUUCGCAGUCAUCUUGAGACGGAUACAUCUGUCUAUAAAAACCUCUAUCUGUCUUCUCAAAGUUUAAUGAUCUUCCGUGCAGCUUAAGACAAGUCUGUAAGUCUGCGCUAAUUUGGGCAAGCUUGGUGGUUGCGAACUCGUGGCAAGCUCUCUACUAAGCAUUACACAAAAACGUCGGAAGGUGAAUGCCAUGCUCUCUCUUGAUUUCUUGCCUGUUCUCUCGGGUUUGUGUUUCUGUGCACAAUGCUGGAGUAUAUUGUACUGAAGGUCGUCUAUGUUCCAGACACCUUAGCCAUUGGUUUAUAGGUUGUAGAGCUCAGGCUUUGGGCAGCAACGGCAGGGCGACGUUAUAAAAUGGCGGUGUCGAUCGAGCUUCCCCAUCUCUCAGGCAAAGUGUUUCGAUUUCUCAAGCGUCUGUGUGCCAUUCUUAUACGACCUUUUUGUGUUCUUUUAAGUGCGUGUAACACAUUGUCAAACAGUUAAAUUGAAGCUAUCUACUGCCACUAUUCAUGCAUAACAGACCUUUCGAAUCGCAAGCAGUUUAGAAUGAAAGUGGAAAUGUACUUUAUAUUAAGCUUCCCUCUCUGCUUGUGGUCUGCGCGUAUCCUCAUUCAUCGUAAGUAGCGGCUGCCUGAUGCUGGAUAAACAAGGUAUUUUGUUGGGAAUGACUAGAAACUGUUUCAUUGUGUUUGUCGGUUCACUAGUACCCCUAUAUAACGGAAGGGAGCUUUAGCUGAACACACUCGAACUUUACUAACGCCACACCGCUUGCCGCGACAGCGCGCAUGCGCAUGGGCUAGCACACAGGAAGUCCUCAGUGCACACAACUGCGCGUGCGCUAGCAACCUGCUGUAUGGCGAGCUGGGAAUGCCGUGAAGGCAUUGUCGGGCAACCUGAGAAGACGAAAGAGCUCGGCGCAAUGCUUAGCUUGAAAGUUCGCAAGACUGAGACGUGUACGUGCGUUGCGUUUCACGUUUCUGACGCUAUUACAUGUGUGUAUGAGCGUACACAAAAUAUCAGGGUCAGUGUCAGCUGUCGACAUAUAUGCUAGUCGUGUUCGCCGAUAUUCAGGCGCUGCUGGCGUCGUUGUGGUUAUGAAGGUAAUGACGUCACAUCUUGCUUACGUCAGUGACUCAACUGGGCCUGAUGGUGAUCAAAUCUCGCUAUCGUCCAAACAUGAACAGCUCGACAGCAACACUCGUGACCGCAGUAUCUGUAGGCAAACAUCGAGUGCAGUUCAGGUGACCUUGUGUUUGUCAUAAUCGUGAUGCAGUGUUUCCUUUAAGAAACUGUUUGCGUAGGGGAGCGCAGAAGCGGUUCAGAAGAAGGUGCGCAGGACAGGAAAUACGCUCACAGGACAGGAAAGAGCGUCUUGCCUGUCCUGUGCAUUUUCUUCGGAACAGCUUCUGCGUUGCCCUACGCAAGAUGCUGAACCAACUGACCCAAACUCACUUUUGUACUCGGAACGCUUCGACAUCUUUCUGGGCAGAUACUGUAUACACAUAUAUGCAGGCAUAAUAUGAAUGUUCUCUCCCCCUCCCCUAUUGCUUUUUUAUAUGACGUAUUGUGUUGGGUUUCAGUAGUGAAAGGAAUAUAUUUCUGUACUACUUAGGACACAAUGUCUCAGGGUAUAUAUCUUUAUUUCUGUACUUAACAUGCCUGGCUCUUUGAAAAACCGUUCUAAUUGAAUUCCUGUGCAAAGGCGGACUUUGGGCAUCUACGAUCUCUUUGAGGGGCUUGUUUAUCUUCUUAUGGACGGUUCUCUUUCACUAGAGCUUCUGUGCUCAUAAAAAAACGAUGCAGUUGUAUGCUGUAUCCGAAGGAAUCAUGUGUACCUUAUCAGCGCACAUUUAGCAGUCCUUAAUGCUAGUGGGUUAAUUCCGAAGAAAGCGUAAUCGUAGACAUACCUUUGGGCGAUUGGGAUGUCCGCCCACUAUGUGUGUGUUUUCGAGUGUUUCAAUGCGAUGACACGUAUAGGUUAAAACUUGAGCUUCAGCGAUGCUUGAAGAAGAACGUUAUCGGCGGAGACACGGGAGUCAGGGAGGGGUGAAUGGAGCGACGGAGCGGUCAGCGGAGCGGUGAACGGAGCGGAGCGUUGGGACGUAAGAGUCACGCGACACGAGGAGCGCUGAUGGCGGACGAGCUAGAUUAGGCAACGUUGCUCACCACGUGGAGGCGACUCUACGGAGGCGGCGCUAACAAAUUGGUGUCGAUGACCGCAGUGCAUUUCAUUCGCUCAGGUGUAGCUCUACCAGUGAGCAACGCGGAAGGAUUUGUUUGGUGAGCAACGUAAGUGCUGCAGACACGAAAAUGAAAACAAAUGUGCAGAUACAAUGCAGCAUUGUCUCCAAUUGCUGCUCGUGCGCUGUUUUUGGUUUUUCAGGUAUAAACCUACACGCCCAUGUCUCUAUUCUUAUAAAAAAAACUGCUUUUGGUGUCUUUUUAGAAUACCCCUUUUUGCUGGAGCCAUGCAGGUGCUGUGUUCGUAUUAGAUAGUUUUACUUACAAGGAAAAUCUUGUGUACUAUGUUGCUGUGAACGUCGCAUCGAAUUCAUCAACUAUACAAACAACGAAUCACUGCUCGCUUCCCUGGUGUAGCCGAUGUUAACGUGCCUAUACAUGUGCCUCGUGUUACUCGAUGCCCUAUACAUGUUUGCGAAGUACCUUUGUAUAUAUAAAAAACUGCAUAAAUACGCAAAACAACGCGUAUAGAAUUGAAAUAAAGCACGUUCAAGCGUUGCCGUGCUGUUUUGUCGCU